GAACAGAACACCUUACACAUGCGCGGCUAAUCUCUUACCUAAUUAGAUAAAAAACUUUCCCUCUCUACGUGUAGUCCUACCUAAAUUUUAAGUUGCGAGCAUUUUCACUCGAUCUGAUGUUUGGACAUUGAAACUCGAGUCGGACAUCCCCUACGUCAAAUAUGACGUAAGGUUACCUAACUAAUAGUAUUGCAUAUCCCGGUGCAACGUACUACUUUUUUUAGCAGACGCACACGCAAGCGCAGACGUCCCGUCCACGCGAGGUUGUGUGAGGAUUUCCAUUCAAAUGGCGGGUGCUGAAACAUCGUCGUUUACUCAGGGCUGUUUUUUGUUCGAAGCGCGUCGUUGCAAUUCUACGAAUUCGAACGGCGAAGGCUUUCCGAAGUUACAAGGUGAAUCGAACGAGUUUGCUAAUGCUCGUCUGACUGCACACAAAUCUUGCUUAUUGGUUCUCAACAGAAAACUGGAGGAUGUUAUGAGUGCUGCUCAUAACCACGUGAUUACAGGUGUUGUUUCUUUGGUGUUGAAGAGUUAUAGUGAUGAAGUGAACAGAGGGAGGACUGACGUGCCAGUUGCAGCUGUAGUGUCAGGUGUUACUUGUACUGAAAGCUUGGGACCAUUAGAUCUGUUGAUAAAGUGUAUUCGCCAGCAUGUCACUCCUCACAUUGCAACACUCUCAUCUAAAGACUGUCAGAAUAUGAAGACUUUAAUGAAACAUUUUGCCGCUCAGCUUAUUUCAGAUGAUGAUGAUGAGCAGUCUACAGAUGAAGCUUCUGAUUUAGAAGAGGAGGCUUUUAUAUCUGCGCCUAACAAGAAAGUGACUAAGCACAGUAAUUUCUCUAUGCCUGUACUCUCUGCAUGGUAUCAAGAAACAGGCAGUAUGUGCAGGAUCAGAGAGGACUUAACAGGAGCAUCUCCACCUGUAGUUGUAGUGUUGGAGGACUUUGAGGGCUUUCACUCUGUUGUACUGGGAGAUUUUCUCCAAAUUUGCAGUCGUUAUGUGGACAAAUUGCCACUUUUUAUUAUUUUGGGAAUUCAGACGUCGGUCAGUGUUAUUGACGAAUGUCUUUCUCGAUCUUCAUUAUCAGUGUUACGACUGGAAGUUUUUCAAUGUAUAUCAGCAUCAAUGCUGUUUGAUCAAUUUGUUGACAAGGUGCUUUUCAGUCCAGACUUGCCUUUCAAGAUUGGACACAAUCUUUUGCAAGAACUCGCUGAACAGUUCUUAUUCUACACCCAUUCUAUACAUCAAGUCAACAAGGGACUUCAGGUAGCGAUGCUUGAGCAUUUUUCAAAGAUGCCGGCUAGUAUGCUUUGUCAGUUUGAUGUGCUGAAUGAUAAGACGAAACAGCAAGCAAUACUUGAAGAGUUAUCACAUGAACAGCUAGAUCAGAUCAGAUCACUGAGAUCUUUCAGAAAGUUUGUAGAAGAAUCAACUCCUCUGGAGCAGAAAAUCUUGCUGCUGGAUGACAAUCAUGCAAAGAAGACAGUUGUCACACUGCUAGAUGAUGUGUCUAAUUAUCAGAUCAGACACCAUGUAGGCACAAGGUGCUUACACCACCUAACUUCGAAACUACCAAAGAGUUUGCUGGGCAACAAGCUGUGGGAGCUUUAUGUUGCUGUACAAACACCAGAGCUAACUAUGGAAAAGAAGUUGCAGAGAACUAUUGAUCUGUUAAGACAAGCCAGUAGCGAGGUCAUUGUGGAAUGGCUUGAGCCUUGUCUGUCUGAAUUGAAAACUGCUUCAGAGAGUAUUGGUUUGAAAAAUGAUGAGGUGGAACUUAACCAGAGAAUUGAAGUUCUUCGCUCUCAGCAAGUUCAGUUGUCAACUACAUCUGCAGAUAACUCUUGCUCUGUGAAUGAUACUGAAGGUAGUACAAAAACCAGUGCUUGUGAAGAAUUGUCAAUUCAAGCAAAGACAACCGCAGAAAGGAAGAUGUUACUUGCAAAUAAUCUUCAACGAGCAACAAAUAAGCAAAGCAAUUUAUCGCGCCAGCUUGCCAAAGAAGCAGUAAACCAGGUUUGUGAUUGGUUGGAACUGUUCUUUAAGUCUUGUCUUAGACAUUCUAAGUCUGUGCCACUAAAUGAAAUAUUUUACUUCGACUCAAAUUCAGUAGGCUCAAUGUUGAGUCUGAGUCACAGAGCUGCAUUACAGAGAGCUCUGACUGACCCAUAUAGUUACCUAAAGACAACUAGACAUAAAAAAUCACACAGCCCUUCAGGCAUUGAUCCACACUGGCCGGAUACUUGUAUUGUGUACAAGUUGUAUGAAGAGUGUAGUAGACUCAUCAACCUGUAUGACUGGAUGCAGGCUUUUAUCUCUGUUGUCAGUCAACUGGAAGAGACUGUGGAUAGAUCAAAACGUAAACAAGCAAAACUGAGGAAAAAGGCGGAGAUAAACACAAACUUACAUGCCAGGUUUAUUCGUGCUGUGUCUGAGUUGCAGUUUCUCGGCUUUGUGAAAGCAACGAAGCGUAAGACUGAUCAUGUAGAGAGAUUGACGUGGGGUUUGUUCUAGCAUCAUUAGUAUGUACUAGAAAGGAAUGUGAGU